AGAAGCACACCUUUUGGCCCAGUCUCAGCUUGUUGGGAAGCAGUCAACUAUGAGGCUCCAUUAUCUGCUGUUUGCAUUCUUCUUGUUGUUCUUGGUGCCUGCUCCGGGGGAUGGAUUCAUCCUAAAGGGCCUCCAAAAAUUCUUCUGCCGAGUAAGAGGUGGCCGAUGUGCUGUGCUUAACUGCCUUGCCAAGGAGGAGCAAAUAGGUCAAUGUUCUAACAAAGGUCGUAAAUGCUGCCGCCGAAAGAAGAAGUAGAACGCCCGGAAGAAAAUGAGAAUGUCGCCAUG